UAUAAAAUUGCUACAGCGUGACAUAUUGGUGUUUAAGUAACAAGCAACUUGUUAAUCUCAUUUUACGAUCUAACAGCAUACUGGAUAAAUAUGCAUUUGGAGUGUAUGAACAUUUAAAUUUCUUUAAAACGAGACGUUGGAUAUUCGUAUAAAAGCAGAUUAUGUUGAACGAUGAGAAUUAUACAGAACUAAGCGUGAAAGGAUAUACUGUUGUCGCCAACGUCCUCACGAAAGAAGAAUGUGAUCAGACUGUCGAUCAGUACAAGGAGUGGCUAUCACAGUUUAAAGAUUGCGUAUGGCCGUUUCCUGUUCAUUCUCUUGUUAAAAAUUAUAAUGCAGGAAAUAUGCACCCAACAUGGUUUGUUAGGCUUAAGGCAAAGAACAUUUUUGCUCAAGUUUGGAAAACGGAUAAAUUGUUAUCUAGUAUUGACGCAGUUGCCAUUGGCCGUCCACCCGAGACUACCAACGAACAAUUUAGUAAACCUAGCAACCAUUGGUUACAUUUAGACCAAAGCCCUUCACGUGACGGCCUACACGCUUAUCAAGGCAUGGUUUACUUGGAAACAGCUGAUGAAGAUGACUGGACAUUUCAUGUCCUCGAAUGUUCACACAUGCACUUUAAAGAAUUUUAUGAAACAAUAGCCAGACCAAGGGAGGAGACAAAAUUAAGAGAAUAUUAUGUAUUCACGGACGAAGAAGUUCAAUUCAUGGAAAACAAAGGAUGUAAAUCAAAACGCGUUCCCGUCCCUAAAGGCGGUAUGGUUCUCUGGGAUUCUAGAUUAGUGCAUGCAAAUGCUAAUCCUAUUAAAGGGCGUGUUAACUCCGGUAGAUGGCGUUUUGGUGUUUUAGUAUGUAUGGCCCCCGCCAUUUGGGCCUCAGAAGAGGAUAUGCAGAAAAGGAAAGAGGUAUAUGAUAAGGCAGGCAUGACAACCCACUGGCCGUCACAAGGAGUUAAAGUUCUUGAGACAUCUAUUCCACCAUUUGCACCAAGUGGUAUUGUCUUCCCAACACAGCUUCCAGAAAUCGCGAAAUCGUCUGAAGCAAAAUUGAUUUCUGGGGUAUUGCAAUACGACUUUAAUGAUGGGAGGCCUAAUGGGGAAGAAUUGAAGCCAGGCUGGAUGAAACAUGCACUUAUAAACGGAGAUCAUGUCAUGAUAAAUAAGAAAACGUUACUGACAUAUGGAAUAGUAACUUAAUAGUCACAAAAUAGCAAAGUUGUUGCUUGUCUGAAAAUAUAACAGACUAAAAACUAACUAUACAUUUAUAUUGACAUUUGGGUUUUGUAUACACAUUCUCUCAUGCUAUAAUAUACUAUACAAGUACAAAUGUUGCUGCAAUGCAGCAAUUGAGAAGCUCCGCGCAAAAAGUGCGCUCAUUACACAGAUACCUUACCAAAUUAUUCCUACGCACAGGUCAUGUUAUAUUCAGAUUAAGUACUACUGUAGAUUUUUUCCGAAUGUUUUGUAAACCAUUUUUUGCAUUAUUAUACUUAUCUAAUACACUGUCCAUAAUUAAAAAGAGGGGAAAGAUAUUUAAUAUAAAAAAAUGCUUUCACUGAUGCCUACCUGGUAAGUAAAGUAAUUCCAUUGAAUACAAACGAGACUUAUAAGACUUGUAAAUGUUAUGUGACAUGACUGUACUGUUUUCUGUUUGUGUCACUACUAUAGUCAGUAACAUAAGAUGAUAAAAAUAUCAAAGUC